UCACUUCCUCAGUAAAAUCCGCAUUGACUACUGUCAGUUUCCCUCCAAAAUCUCCCCCAAUACAUCCCUAUUUUCCCUCCACUUCCCAGACCCUAGCCUCUCUCUCUCUCUCUCUCUCCCUCUCGAGUGAAUUGAAUGAUUUGAAAAUGGGCUCGCUUGGGAACGAUGAUGCUGGAAUUAAACCAAUCAAGACGGAACCAAAUGUCAAUAUUCCUUAUUCCCAGACCCAGGUCCUUGAUAGCCAGUUUUCACCUCCUUCACUUUCUGGUGAAAAUGGUGAAGCUGGAGAUGCUGAUGAAUUAAAAUAUCUGCGAGACACACUGAGUUUUGAUGAUACUGUUCCCGCUGAAGAUGCGUUUGAAACCCAAGUAGUGAAUCUUGCUUGGGAAACCCAAGUAUUGGAUAUUUGUGGUGAAACCCAAAUAUGGGAUGAUCCAGAUUGCAUUGACAAUAUGGACACUCAGUUGCUAGAUGAUUUUGAUAAUGAAGUUGCCAGUGAUACUGAAGGGGAGGGAACAGAUGGAACUGAAGUUUUGGUUGAUAGCGAUGAGCAAUCUGAUGAUGAAUUAGUAAGAAGUGGCAGUGGUCACUCGGUGGACAGGGAGAGGAUUCAGUGCACUUCUCUUCAUGAACAUGGUAAUAAGGAAUUAACGGAGCAGCCUGAUCCUUUACCUGAUAAGGAGCAUAGUCCAGAAGUCCAUGUAUCAACUGCAACAUGUGUGGUUCAAGGCACCCCAGGACAAAAACCUGGAAAACGGCAGUUUGGGUUUACUUCAGUUCGUACAGCAUCAAUGCGGGCGUCUGGUCUGGCAGCUCGCAUGGCUUCAGAAGUACUUACUGUAAAAAAUAAUGAUGUGUCUGUCCUAGAGGAUUCAACAAAAGUUGGGGAAGAAGUAGAUCAGGAACAUGAUGUUGUAGAAUGGAACGGAAAAAUGAAGGGAUCAGAGAAUGAAAACAUGCUCAGGGUUGGCUGUAGAACAGCUAGAAAACUUUUCACUGAGAAUUCAUAUGAUGACGACAGAGGACUUCCUCUUAACAGCAACAUUGUUGAAGGAGAAGAGUUGCCUCAGUUGCCUGCAUGUGAUGAUGAAUUGGCAGGAUUAAGCUAUGUUGACUCUCAAGAACCUGGAGAGUAUUCUCAGGCCAAUGCAUUGGAUUUUGUGGAUAAGUUCCUUAAAGAUAAUGCCAUGGAGUUUGAACAAGAAUUUAACCUUGGAAAGAAAACUAGGGGAAAAUCAAAUUCUGUCUCAAGAGCAAAGGGCCUGCAAAGUUUUGCCAAGAAAGUCAAUGAUAGAAACCUGUUUGGAGAAGCAGCGAUUUUUGACUGGGAUGAUAACCGUGAGGAUGAAGGAGGGGGAGAUAUCUUCUGCAGAAGGAAAGAAGAAUUCUUUGCUACUGGAGAACAUGCGUGGAGAUCCUUUACCGAACCUUUGAAGCCUGGAGGAAGCAGACUUGAUGAGUAUAAAGACAAUGAAGAACAUAUAAUUUUCAAGAACAAAAGAAUGGGGUUAGCUCAUUCUGAUUCCAAAUUAGUGUGUCCUAAACCAAAAGUUAAUGACAAGGCAGCGGAUGAAAUGAAAUUGAGAAAAAAUCUUGUCAAUGAGUUUGGUGAACAGUUUAAUGACAAUCCCUCUAGAGGACAUAUGGUAACUAAUGUUACUAGGACAGAUGUGCCAGGAAUAUUAAAUAUAGGUUUUGACACACAAUUGGCUGCGGAAGCUAUGGAAGCCUUAUUCCAUGGUGAGGGCCUUGUGAAACAUGAUGCUAAUGAUGCCCAUCAAGGUAUGGAGAACAACUCAAAGGGUUCUUGCAGAGGUUCUCUAGAAGGAGAAACGGAUAAUGUAAUUCAUUCGAAACGACCCUCUUGUCGUAAGAGGGUAAGCCCCUCUGAAGUAUGGGUUGCUUCAAGACAGUGCAAGAAAGCUAAGAGCAUGAGUGCCAAAUUAAGUAAAGAGUCUUCAAUUUCAUCAGAGAAACAUUCUGAUAAUGUCAGGAGUCAGAGUAGAAUUGAUCCAGUCAGAACAAGAUCCAAGAGGGUUAACUUGAUUGCUGAAGAAUGUCUUAUCACCAAUGGGAGUGGAAACUCAGACAAAAUGAUUUCUAAGAUCAUUGAGCAAAGAAACGCAGGACAAACUUUGGACAGAAGCUGCACUAAUGAGUCCCACAGAUGUGAUGGCAAUGCAACCAUAGGUGGAGAUGGCACAGUUAAGAAGUUGCAUUUACAAGGUGAUGGUGGUAUGCAUACACCCAUUGCUCGUCGAACUAGACAGUCAUUGGUAGUAAAUCAUUUGAAGAAGGCUGAGAAUGCAUCCAGUGAUUAUAGGGAAGUGAUUAGCCAUCUGGCGGAGGUAUGCGCCUUAGAAGAGAAAAGCAAUUGUAGCAUAGGCAUCCAAGCUUCUGAAGUGUUGAAGGAAAAAUCUUCUAUAUUGGGUUCUAAUCAGUCUGGAGAAGUUGAAAAUGUAAAAGCAAGUCAACAUGGGCAAUCCACUUCAUGGUUGACAGCUAAUACUAAUGGUUCUAAAAUUGAUGCAUUGAGCUGUCAUCGAAAGAGAAGAUCUCAUCGAAAUUUGUCAGGUCAGGAAAAUGAAUCUGAUAACUUAGAUGGUGGUGCACUUGAACCAUCUGUUCCGCUGAAAGACAUUGGACAAUCUGUCACCAAGCGGAAAAGGUCGCGGCGUGAUGCUAAAAGCACUUUGAUUGAUUCAGAGAUGAAGAGGAAAACACGAUCAGGGGAUGCUCCUAUUUAUGUUAAGUCUGGUGAUAUCGAUGGAAAAAUGCUAUCUAACAAUCUAGAUAAUGAAUCUGAUAUCAAUCGGCGGAACAGAUCUCAUGGAAAUGAAUCUGAUAACUUAGAUGGUGCACUUGAACCAUCUGUUCCGCCGAAAGACAUUGGACAAUCUGUCACCAAGCGGAAAAGGUCGCAGCGUGAUGCUAAAAGCGCUUUGAUUGAUUCAAAGAUGAAGAGGAAAACACGAUCAGGGGAUGCUCCUAUUUAUGGCAUAUCUGGUGAUAUUGAUGGAAAAAUGAUAUCUAAUGAUCUAAUUGGGUCAAAGACAGGCAAGCACUCUGACAGAAAUAGUAAUGCAAGUUGCCCGUCAUCUACUGAAAAGGUGAAUGUCAGGUUGGAUGAAUCGCCAAGAGAGAAACGUAAACCAUCUGAUUCAGUAUGUACUACUCCUACCCCAGUUAACUGCAAGCCACCUGAGAAUACUGUGUCACCUGUUUGUAUGGGCAAUGAAUACUUCAAACAGUCGAACCUGUCAAGACUGAGCCUUCUGAAAGAAAUCCGCAACUUAAGUGCUGCACAGCCUGAACCUUCUUCUGCAUCAAAAGAUUCAAGGAAGAGGAGAGAUAUGACUUACGUUCGAGUCUUGUACAGCCAACACUUAGAUGAUGAUAUAAUUAAGCAGCAGAAGAAGAUUUUGGCCAGGCUAGGAAUUUCCAUAUCGUCUUCUAUUACGGACGCCACACAUUUCAUAGCAGAUCAAUUUGUGCGUACAAGGAAUAUGUUAGAGGCUAUUGCGUCUGGAAAACUAGUGGUGACACAUUUAUGGCUUGAGAGCUGUGGGCAAGCUAGCUGUUUCAUUGAUGAGAAAAAUUACAUACUGAGGGAUGUCAAGAAGGAAAAGGAGUUUGGCUUUAGCAUGCCGGUUUCAUUGGCACGCGCAUCCCAGCAUCCACUUUUGAAGGGUCGAAGAGUUUUGGUUACCCCAAAUACAAAGCCUGGUAAAGAAACAAUUUCAAGUUUGGUUAAAGCUGUUCAGGGCCAGGUGUUGGAGAGAACUGGCAGAUCUACUCUGAAGGAGGAUAAAAUUCCAGAGGAUUUAUUGGUUCUAUCUUGUGAAGAAGAUUAUUCUGUCUGUGUGCCUUUCCUUGAAAAAGGGGCAUCAGUUUAUAGUUCGGAGCUGUUGUUGAAUGGUAUAGUUACUCAGAGGUUGGAGUAUGAAAGGCAUCGCCUCUUUGCUGAUGAUGUCAAAAGAACACGUUCUACAAUAUGGCUGAGAAAAGACAGCAAUCAGUUCCUUCCUGUGACUAAACAUAAAUAAGAUUCAUUUUAUUCAUUUAUUCUUCUGAUUUUUUUUUCCCUCCCGAUUCAUUGUCUUUUAGGCGUUCUUGGUAGGAACAAAUCUAUUCUUCACACUCACUUCACAACGGCUGAUGUGGCAUGGGUUGAAUGACCACUUAAAAAAACAAAACUUUCUACCUUCAUUGAGCUCAUACCACAUGUCAACAGUGUGAAGUGGGUGUGACAAAAUGGAUGUAAAGUAUAGUAUUACUCUUUCGGUAGGCAGCAGGUACCUAGUGAUCUGUACAUAAUAUUGAUUGUUGUGAAUGCUCGCAACUCUUGGCUUCUCAUGUAAAAUUAAUUAUGCUAUUAUGUGGAAGUUUGUUUCACAUCUCAUUUGAUUCUUUUAGCAUAUGACUAAUAUUUUUUAAGAA